AUGGACAACGGGGAUGGAAUAGCUGUUGGGUGGUUAGGACAUCCUAUCUUUAGAGAUAAAGAGGGGCGCGAACUUUUUGUACGUCGUAUGCCUACUUUUUUUGAAACAUUUCCUGUUGUUUUUGUAGACGGAGACGGAAUUGUUAGAGCCGAUGUUCCUUUUAGAAGGGCGGAAUCUAAAUAUAGUGUCGAACAAGUAGGUGUAACUGUCGAGUUCUAUGGCGGCGAACUCAACGGAGUCAGUUAUAGCGAUCCCGCUACUGUGAAAAAAUAUCUGAUAGUGUUUUUCGUAGCAGUCCACGGGUGUUUAAGAGUUGUCAAACUCCGAGGGAAUGAUAUCAGCGAGUUGCCUGAUUCGAUUAGCAACUUGAAGCAUCUACGAUAUCUAGCUGAGCUGCCCACCUUUUUGAGAAAACUUAUCCACUUGCGCCAUCUUGAUUUCAGAGGUACAAAAAUAAAAAAGAUGCCCCCCCACAUGGGCAAGUUGAAAGAUCUCCAAACAUUUGGGGGUGAGUUUGUCUUGAGCAAAGAUGUCGGGGGAAACAUUGAUGAGUUAAAGGGGUUUCAGCAUUUGAGAGGAAAUCUUCAUAUUUCAGGGCUUCAAAAUAUCACACGUGCUGAGGAUGCUUUGGAGGCCAAACUAAGGGACAAGAAGCUCAGUGAAAUACGUUUGAAAUGGGAAGAUGACACUAUUGAUUCUGAAAACGAUAGUCAAGUGCUGGGCAACCUACAGCCCAAUACAAACCUAAAAGUACUGGCUAUAGAAGGAUACGGAGGUACAAAGUUUCCAGGUUGGUUAGGAGAUGAGUCUUUCUCUAAUCUUGUCACUCUCCGACUUGAGACUUGUGGAUAUUGUUUCUCCCUGCCAGCAUUGGGGCAGCUACCGUCCCUCAAAAGGCUUGAAAUUUAUCGAUUAAAUGGAGUGGAAUCAGUGGGGUUUCAGUUUUAUGGGGGAAUUAAACCUGCAUUUAAAUCUCUGGAGUUUCUGAGUUUCCGCAGUAUGCAGGAAUGGCAAGAGUGGUGUUUCCCUGGAGGUGAAGAAGAAGAAGGCGGACAUUUUCCUAAUCUUUGCGAGCUUCGUCUGCAUUGUUGUUCCAAACUAACGGGGAAAAUACCGUUAGACUACUUCCCAAGACUUGAGCGGCUAAGCUUGCAGGAAGUUAAUAUCGAAUCCCUUGCUUGUUCGCAUGAAUGCAAUAAAUUCAAUAUUGAACUCCCAUUCCUCCGUGAGUUGGAAAUAUCAGAUUGCCCGAAUCUGGUAUGUUUUGUGGGUGGUGGAGUGCUGCUUGCGCCCAACUUGAAGGAGAUAUCUAUGUGCCGUUUUAAAAACUUGUGGUCAGUGCCAGAAGAUAUGCAAAUCUCCCUCCCAUCUCUUCCGUCUCUGUCCAUAGAAGGGUGUAAAGAAUUUAAAUCAUUUCCGGAAGAAUCUAAAUUCCCAUCCCUCGAUGAUUUGAAGAUAAUGGAGUGCCCAGAAUUUGUGGGUUUCCCCCAUGGAGGAGGACUGGAAGCGCCCAAUUUGAAGACGAUGGAAAUCAAAGAAUGUAACAAAUUCAGGUCACUGCCAGAGGAGAUGCACGCCUCUCUCCUGUCUCUUCAGUCUCUGUCCAUAAUGUUUUGCAAAGAAUUUAGAUCAUUUCCGGAAGAAUCUAAAUUCUCAUCCCCCUUUGAUUUAAAGAUAAAGGAGUGCCCAAAAUUUGUGGGUUUCCACCAUGAAGGAGGACUGCAAGCGCUCAACUUGAAGACGAUGGAAAUCAAAGAAUGUAACAAAUUCAGGUCAUGUCCAGAUGAGAUGCACACCUCUCUCCCGUCUCUUCAGUCUCUAUCCAUAGAAGGGUGUAAAGAAUUUAAAUCAUUUCCGGAAGAAUCUAAAUUCCCAUCCCUCUAUUAUUUGAAGAUAAAGGAGUGCCCAGAAUUUGUGGGUUUCCCCCAUGGAGAUGGAAAUCUAUGA